GAUUCAUUUAGUUGAUGAAAUCAAUACCCUAAUUAAACGAAAAUGGCAGCAGCUAAUUCAGUCUGGAUUUCCCUCCUUGUAUCAAUAAUAAUAGUCAUAUUGUUCAUCCAGGCGGUUCCUACAGCUCAUUCCCAGAACGAUGAAGAUCAACUGAUCUGGGCAAAGAGAGUCGUGUCCGGAAACCAGGUAAUCACCAAUCUCCAAUUCUACUUCCACGACGUCGUCGGCGGCCGGAAUCCCUCUGCAAUCAGAAUCGCCGAAGCUCCUCAGACCAAAAACUCCACCACCUUCUUCGGCUCCCUCAUGAUGAUCGACGAUGCGCUCACCGUCGGACCCGACCCGGCUUCGAAGCCGGUGGGUCGGGCCCGCGGGAUGUACGGUUCGGCGGGCCAGACUGAUUUCGGGCUGAUCAUGGCUCUUAGCUAUGUCUUCUCCGACGGGAUCUACGACGGGAGCUCCUUCAGCAUGCUGAGUAUAAACCCGGCGACGGAGACGGUGAGGGAGAUGGCGGUUGUUGGGGGCACCGGGCUUUUCCGGAUGGCCCGCGGCUACGCCAUUGCACGAACCUACUGGCUCAAUGCAGCCACGGGUGAUGCUAUUGUGGGAUAUAAUGUCACCAUUCUCACUUAUGUUUGAGAUUUAAUUAUAUAUAAAUAUUGAUUGUUAUUGCUAUUAUAUUUAUGUAGUAUUUUUGUUAUUAAUUGUUGAAGUUUAAAAAUUUUAAUUGGAGUA